AUGAUAUCUCUAUCCACUUCCUCAAUCACGUCGCUGAUUCCAUCCUUGUACAAUCUAAGCACCAACCACUCGACCUCAAGCUUGAUGAACGCCACCGCCAAUUCCACCUCGGAAAAUUUGGCGUUUAUCUCCGACGCAUUGGCCAGAGAGUCAGACGUGACUGUCUCAACGAACAUCACUUCCCAGGCAGAAUAUAAAGGAUUCGCGGCAUACGUCAUUAGCUUCAUCUUCUUGUUCAUAUGGCUGAGUUGGUCAAUGAUUCCAGAUUCGAUCCUCAACAACGUUGGCAUAUAUUACUACCCGUCAAGGUGGUGGGCUCUCGUCAUUCCAGCAUAUGUUUUGGUAUCCAUGAUGUACACAUAUGUGGCCCUUGCAUUAUACAACAUAGAAGUGAAAACUCCUCCAUUGGAUGAUCCCCGGACAAUUGCAGAUCCUGAUGGCGUUGUUAUUACAGAACUCCCGCAUUAUCAGAAAAAAGACCUUGACCGCUAUCUAUUUUCUUCCACCAGCGGAAUUUGGGACUUGCCGCUGAGUGAGGUCAAUAAGGUGUUGUACGGGGAGGAGUACUAA